GAAUUGGUAUUGCCAGCAAGCAAAUGUAAGAGAGUGAGUCAGUCCAACACAUUAAACCAAAACCCGUGAGCCACGAGGUUGAGUGUAUGACUGAGUGAACCCACCCACUCUGAACCUAACCAAACCAAACCCACUUUGGCACUUUCCAUUCCAAACACACACACACUCUCUCUCUCCUUCUCUCAUGGCGUCUGAGCAACACGACACCGUUUUCCCCCAACAAGACAUGGACGACGACGACGAGGAUUCUCACGAGGACGAGGAAUACGACGACGAUGUUCUGCCUGACGACGAUGAAAGCGAACCUUCUCCCCCCGCCUCCUCCGCCCUCGCCGUCACCGUCGCCGUCCCCAGCUCCUCCAUCUCCAACGGAGCCACCACCACCGUCCCAAUUCAAUCCUCCGCCGCGACCACAAUCGUCACCCCCUACUCCGAUCCGAAACGCCACCGCACGGAGCCAAUCGAAGAGAAAAAACCCCCUCCUCCUCCGGACGACUCGCGGCGGCUGUUUCAGCGGUUAUGGACCGACGAGGACGAGAUGGAGCUCCUUCAGGGCUUCCUCGACUACACCACGCAGCGAGGAUCCUCUAACCAAACCGACACCGCUCUGUUCUACGAUCAAAUCAAGUCGAAGCUCCAGCUCGAUUUCAACAAGAGCCAGCUCGUCGAGAAGAUCCGAAGGUUGAAGAAGAAGUACCGGAACGUUGUCAACAGAAUCAGCUCCGGCAAGGAUUUUUCCUUCAAGACCGCUCACGAUCAAGCCACCUUCGAAGUCUCACGCAAGAUCUGGGGCAACGUAACCCCAAUCGCCGCCACCGAUGACAUGAUCGCCGUUGACGAUGACGAAAUCAACCUCAACCCAGCCCCUAACCCUAAUCCUAAUCACAAUUUCAGCUCCCCGGUGCUCAAGUACGAGGUGAUUUUCGGGAAUUCGACGGAGAAGAAGACGCGGAAGCGGUCACGGCCUUCACCGGCGAUCAAGAGCGUUGAGAAGCGUGAAUUGAACUUGAACGAUGGAGCAGCGUGUAGCAAGGACCGUAACGUUACCACUGCAGCUACCACUAACGCUGCUAGUGAUAAUUGUGACAGUGGGAAUGGGAACGUAGCGGGUUUGAUUGAAGAGACGGUGAAGAGUUGUUUGUCGCCGUUGUUGAAGGAGCUGGUGGCCGGAGCAAUGAGGGGGCCGUUUGGGGCGAGAGGGUUGAGUCCGGUGGGGUUGAUGAAUUUGGGGUUUGGGGAAUUGGUGGAUGAGAAAUGGAGGAAGCAACAGAUAUUGGAAUUGGAAGUGUACUCAAAGAGGUUGGAGCUGGUUCAGGAUCAGGUCAAGGCUACUAUGGAGGAGCUGCGGUCAAGUGGUGGUGGUGGUGGAGGAGGGGUAUGACCCAACUCCUAUACCUUUACUCUGUUCUUGUUUAUUUUUCAGUGGUUCAUACAUGAUGAUACUGAUAGUGAUAGUGUAGCAGAUAGCUAGUAACUAGUACUAGUUUUCUUUUUGAAUUUUAGUUUUUGCUGAGUUUUAAUAAAAUGUGUUAUGUUACAUUUUAGCCAUGUUCUUGUUCCUUUGAAUUUUAAUGGUCUCUUACAUGUACAGAAUCUGCAGACAUCUUGAAAUGAACUGGCUCAACAUGACAGCUUUGUACCAUAAAUCGAUUAUAUGUUAUAAAAUAUGCAUAAAUUGGUUCUUAA